UAAUUGUCUUUCUUUGUUUUAUUUUCUUUCAAUUUAUUUAUUUUCCAAUCUUUUGAUUAAACUAAUCUUUGUUAAAUGGAAAAUAUGAGUUUCAAAGUUGAAACUGUGACAAGUAGUAAAUUGAAAGGAACAACAUGGGAAGAUGUUGAUAUUGGUGAUAUUGCAAUGAUUUUUAUUUCUUAUGGAAGAGUAGUUAGCCAUCUCCAAUUUUUAUAUGUCAAGGAUGGAAAAUUUACUCUAUCAAAGAGACAUGGUGAUACUAUAGAAAAUCUUGAAAUUAUCAAGCUGGAUUAUCCAUCAGAAUAUUUGAUUGGAAUAAAUGGUAGACAUGGAGUACUUGGACUAGAUAGAAUUUUGAAAACAAUUACAUUUGUGACAAAUAAAAAUUCAUAUGGACCAUUUCCAAAAAAUAAACCAACUUAUAUGGCAAGUGAAGAUACAGAAUUUAAUAUAAAUGCAUUGGAUCAUGGUUGGCUCAAUGGAUUUCAUGGCACAAUUUGUGGUAAUCAACUUGAAAGUUUUGGAGUUUACAUUAAACCAAUGCCAAUUAUUACAAUUCCAAAAAAAGAUAUUGAUUAUGACAAAAUUGAUGUUACUGAGGGUUGAAUGUGUAAAUUGUAAAAAUUCAUGUAUGUUCUUGUUAUAUAAAUAAAAUAAAGAUUUGUCAAAGUUAUAUUCA